AUGGUCAUCUCCUUCCCAAGUUCAACAACAACAACAGCAACUCCCUCAUCAUCACCAGCCACCACCACCACUACUACUAGACCCAGCCAUGGCAUCAGCAACUACCUGCUAUCAACCCUCAAGGCGCGUUUCACGCGUUUCCGCCAAGUCCCCACCCUAGACUUGUCAACCGCCCCCGGUCGGGCAGCAAUUGUCAUCUUACUCUGCCGUGCGCUGUACAGCCUCGCCCAUGUCGUCCUCGCCGUGCAGUCCCGGAGCAACACUCCCAGCGAGAUGGCCGUUGUGACGCUGUUUCUGGUCCUUGACCUGCUAGUUGUGGCGUACUGUCUUGGGCGGAUUGCGGGGUUGCAUGGGGAGAGGAAGGUGCUUGGGUUCUGGAUUGGGCGCAGGCAGCUUGAUGCCUUUCUCUCCGGCUGCGCGGCUGUGCAUGUGCUGUAUAUGCUGUACUUUCUCAUUUUUGUUGACCUGAGAGCCGUGGUCUUUUCUCUGGGGAACGGUCCACUGCUCACGGGUGUUAAGUUUGUGAUUGUGGUGGUGACCUGGGUGGUUGACCGACCGCCGACUGAUGAGAAUGGGGCGUUGGGCAUUGCUUGA